AGUGGUUUGUCCUGAAGCUGAGAGUCAAAUCAAACUCGCAGGCAAAUCGGUAAGCCUCAUACGCGAAAAAUCCCACACGCUAUUUUCGAAACAGUGACAAUCGCGAACGAAAUUGCUUGAAAAUGGACGUGGAAGAGUUCCGGACGCGAGGCAAAGAGAUGGUCGACUACAUCUGCAAGUACAUGAAGAACUUGCCCAAUCAAAGGGUGACUCCGCAUUUGGAGCCUGGAUAUUUGAAGGAGUUGAUUCCUUCUGAAGCGCCAGUAGAACCGGAGAAUUGGAACGACAUCAUGGAGGACGUGGACAAGAAAAUCAUGCCUGGAAUCACGCAUUGGCAGCAUCCGCGCUUCCAUGCAUACUUUCCAAGUGGAAAUUCCUACCCUUCCAUUCUGGCUGAUAUGCUUUCGAAUGCCAUCGGAUGCAUCGGAUUUUCUUGGGCCGCAAGUCCAGCUUGCACAGAACUAGAAACAAUCGUCAUGGACUGGUUUGGAAAAGCAAUCGGUCUUCCGCAUGAUUUCAUCACCUCCAACAAGGGCAGUACCGGAGGAGGAGUGAUUCAAACCAGCGCCAGCGAAUGCGUGCUAAUCUCGAUGCUGGCUGCUAGAAACCAAGCCAUUCAAUACUUGAAGAAGAACCUCAUUGACCCUAAUGAAAUUGAAGACAGCGCCUUUCUUCCGAAGCUGGUUGGGUACUGUUCUAAAGAAGCCCAUUCUUGCGUGGAAAAGGCCGCCAAAAUCCUUCUGGUCAAAGUCCGGAUCCUUGAGCCGGACGAAAAAGGAUCGUUAGACAAGCAGACGUUGGAAGAUGCCAUUUGCAAGGAUAAAGAAAACGGUUUAUUCCCGUUCUUCGUCUCAACGAUCUUGGGAUCAACAUCGAGUUGUUCUUUUGAUAAUUUGCAAGUGAUUGGCCCCAUUUGCAAAGCGGAGCCUUGCAUAUGGCUUCACGUGGAUGCGGCUUAUGCAGGAAAUGCCUUCAUUUGCCCAGAGCUGAAGCCUUAUCUAAAAGGAAUCGAGUACGCGGAUUCCUUCAACACCAACCCCAACAAGUGGCUGUUGGUCAAUUUUGAUUGUUCCUGCCUAUGGGUGCGCUGCAGAGUUAAACUGACCAGCGCUCUGGUUGUUGAUCCUCUUUAUCUUCAGCACGCCAACUCAAAUGAAUCCAUCGAUUACCGCCAUUGGGGCAUUCCAUUAAGCAGAAGAUUUCGCUCUUUAAAACUCUGGUUUGUGAUCAGGAAAUACGGGCUAGUUGGCCUGCAGAAGUACAUUCGAAACCACAUAACUCUGGCCAAACACUUCGAGACCCUUGUAAGCAAAGACAACAGAUUUGAGGUUCUGAACGAUGUACGAUUGGGCCUAGUUUGCUUCCGAUUGGUGGCCAACGAUCAAGUGAAUCAAGAACUCUUGGCCAACAUAAAUGCUUCCGGAAAACUGCACAUGAUUCCUUCAAUGGUUAAAAACAAAUACAUUAUUCGGUUCUGCAUUAAUGCCGAAGACGCAAAGCAGGAAGAUGUGGAGGACGCCUGGAGAAUUAUUACUGAACACGCUUCCGAAAUUCUCGAACCAACUAAUAAUAAGAAGAAGGAAUUCACCAAACCUCCACUCACCAGGCAAAUGUCGAAGAGAUUUGCUUUUACCAGAAGCGUCUCCAAGGAGCUCUACAAACGGUGCAGAAGCAGAUCCAAUCUCUUGGAUGGUGCCACUCCUAUUUUGGUAGCCGACUCGGACGAAGAAGAUGUUGAAGUUCAACAAGGGAACAAUUGCGAGGCAGUCGAUUUCCUAGCAAGUAGUUUGGAUGACAAUGUUUUUUUGGACGAGUAUAAAAAAGAUUUCAGGUUUCAUCCUCAAUCACCCACCGAAAUCAAAUGUAACGGCAUGUAAAUCGCUUUAGAGAAAGUGGGAAGGUAAUUGAGACUGCAACUUCUGAUGCGACCAGAAAUAUGCUUUGAACACAGGGUAAACAGUAUUAACUACACAUUUUUCAAAGGCGUUUUAUUCAGGUCACUGUCCAAACUCCUUGCUGUUCCAUAACUUUGUAAAUAUGUCAGUAUUACUAGGCUUAGCUAUAGUUUUGUAUUUAUUUAUUUAUUUGUCAGUUUGUAAAUAGGCGCGGUGAAUAAAGCUGUUUUUUAUAA